AUGCCGUACAACACGAGACGCAAGAGUCUCUCCCUCGCCGACCUAGGCGUCGUCCUGCCCAAGCGCAGUCGCGCCAUCUCCCAUCCCUCCCCACCGAGCACCAUCGCAGAAGGCGAUGAGUCCGAGCGACCCGCGAAGAUCUCCAAAAAAUCUCAUGUCUCCUCCGCCUCGCCCCCGCCGCGGGCGUCCGCACGAGGCGCCAUGAGUCCACCGAAAGCGAUGACGGUCAGGAUAAAGGAUGAGAAUCCAAAGCAAGAGCUUUCGCCGCCUCCAUCGCCGACCACCGAAGGUUUCGCACCAACAAAGGUCAAUCUGGAAGGGGUGUCAGAUGAUAUCGUCGUGGCGACGAUUCAGCAGCUGGAAGAGACGGGCAACCGACCCAUCUUCGUCCGCGAACUCGCCGCGCUCUUGCCGGCCAAGCUCCAUUCCGUUGAGAAAUCCGCCAAUCCAUGCGCGCUCAUCUCCUCCCGACUCACCGCAUACCUGCAUCGAGCCUGGCCGACUAUCAGUCCGUGUCCGCUCGCCAAAGAUCUUUCGCCCGUCCAUCCGCGCCGCUUGUACUUCUACCUCACCACCAUGCCUAAGCAACCCGUUCCGCUAGCCAUGGAUCCCAUCUUGAAACCUCACCGCAUCAUCUCCCCGUCCCUCUCCUCCGCCUCCGCAGCGGAUGAAGACGACGAGCAAUACAACCGAGCUCGGCAAGCACUCUCGCCCUCCCCUGAGGUCGACCUGUCCACUCCCGAACUCGACAACGAAGACACCGAGCACCCACCAACCCCCGGCGCGCCCUUCUCCGCCCGCAACUCCGUCUCGCGAUCGCGCGCCGCUUCGAACUCCGAUCUUACCCGCCACCGAAGGGCAGGUAGCCCUCCCCUGGAACGUGAAGAGCGUGACUUCAAGCAGACCGCCAAUGCGCUGCACGAGCAGGCGCUGCAAAGGCGCAACAGCCAACAAAGCCACUCCACCAACCCGACCAGCCCUCACGCCUCCUCUUCUGGCGCCGACGGCGAAGAAGAGCCAACCGUGAGCAUGAGCAUCGAGGAGGACUCGGAGGAAAGCCGGGCGCGCAAGACAAGCGAGGACGCCGCCGCCCUCUUCGGUCAAGCCGACCACCUCAAACCCCUAGGACCGCACUCCGUCCUCUUCAGCAGCCCCCUUCUCGGACCCCAGAAUGCGCUUCGCAUCGACACCGGCUCCCUCCACAGCAAAUCCGAGAAAGCUGACGAACCGAUGGAGAAUCUGAAUCUGGAUCAGCACCGCGCCACUACCACCGCCGUGGUCUCUUCCAAGGAUGACGUCGUCGAAGUGAUGCUCGAUUGGGACGAUCUGCAGAGCCCGGAGAACGUGGAGAUGGCUGAGCUGGAGGAUAUGUUUGAUUCGUAUUGA